AUGGCGCCCCUUCCGCGCCGAGAACUCCUCUCCAAGGAACGCUUUCCUCUCGUUUUCGGCAGCGUGAAGACCCAGAACUACAACGAUCCCGCUGCCAAAGGACCAGGAUCGCAUACCAUUCGUACACUCGCAUGGAACCCCGCUGGCCAGCUGAUUGCGACUGGCUCCGCUGAUCGAACACUUCGAAUCUGGAACCCCGAGCGCCCUGCUGUCCGAUACUCGACAGAGCUGCGCGGACACUCUGCCGGCAUCGAGAAGGUCCUCUUCAACCCCGUCCGAGAUGCAGAGUUGGCGAGCUGCUCCACGGAUGGAACGGUGCGCUUUUGGGAUGUGCGCUCCAAGACAUGCGUGAGCCGCCUGGACGUCGGCGGCGAGGCAUUUACACUCUCCUGGUCCGCUGAUGGUAGUACUAUGAUUGUAGGAAGAAAGGACGAUACUUUGAUCCCGAUCUCUGUACAAUCACCCUCAAGUCCAAAUAUCAUGGCGAACGGCUCGAGCAACAGCUCUUCCAAACCUGGCGCAUCAACCUUCACAGCACUCUCAUCACACCCUCAACCUGUCCAAACAAAUGCCACCACCUUCUCCAACCAUAUCGCAACCGACGACUCCCCUGACCUCUACUUCUUCGCAACAACAGGCGAAGGCACCGUCAAAAUUAUGAAGUACCCCUCCUUCGAUAUCGCCCACACUCUCAACGCACACACCUCCUCCUGCAUGGCCGUCUCCCUCGCUCCGACAGGUCGCUACCUCGCCAUCGGCGGCAGCGACGCGCUCAUCUCGCUAUGGGACACGACAGACUGGAUCUGCCACCGCACAUUAUCCAGUGAGAAUGGCGGCGGUAUCCGCGGUGUCAGCUGGAGCUUCGAUGGGCGGUUUAUUUGCGGCGCUUGGGAUGAGCCCGGGUGUGGUGGGAAUGGUUUGCAGAUUUUCCAUGCUGAGUCGGGCGAGAGCGUUUACUCUGUACCGACGAAUGGUAUCAAUGCUAGUGUCCCUGCCGUGGCGUGGCAUCCUUCUAGGUAUUGGUUGGCUUACUCGACGACUAACGAUGGGCCUGGCAGUGGCGGCGCUGGCGGAUUGAAGAUUGUUGGUGCUGCCGGUGGUAAUCUGUGA